AUGCAUAGGCUGCCCGUGCCUGUGCUGCCUGUUGCCGCCCGUUGCUGCCCGUGCCUGUGCUGCCCAUUGCUGCCCGUGCCUGUGCUGCCCGUGCCUGUGCUGCCCGUUGCCGCCCGUUGCUGCCCGUGCCUGUGCUGCCCGUUGCUGCCUGUUGCUGCCCGUGCCUGUGCUGCCCGUUGCCGCCUGUUGCUGCCCGUGCCUGUGCUGCCCGUUGCUGCCCGUGCAUGUGCUGCCUGUUGCCGCCCGUUGCUGCCCGUGCCUGUGCUGCCCGUUGCUGCCUGUUGCUGCCCGUGCCUGUGCUGCCUGUUGCCGCCCAUUGCUGCCCGUGCCUGUGCUGCCCGUUGCUGCCCGUUGCUGCCCGUGCCUGUGCUGCCCGUUGCCGCCUGUUGCUGCCCGUGCCUGUGCUGCCCGUUGCUGCCUGUUGCUGCCUGUGCCUGUGCUGCCUGUUGCUGCCUGUUGCUGCCCAUGCCUGUGCUGCCCGUUGCCGCCCGUUGCUGCCCGUGCCUGUGCUGCCCGUUGCUGCCUGUUGCUGCCCGUGCCUGUGCUGCCUGUUGCCGCCCGUUGCUGCCCGUGCCUGUGCUGCCCGUUGCUGCCCGUGCCUGUGCUGCCCGUUGCCGCCUGUUGCUGCCCGUGCCUGUGCUGCCCGUUGCUGCCUGUUGCUGCCUGUGCCUGUGCUGCCUGUUGCUGCCCAUGCCUGUGCUGCCCGUUGCUGCACGUGCGUGUGCUGCCCGUUGCUGCCCGUGCCUGUGCUGCCAGUUGCCGCCCGUUGCUGCCCGUCCCUGUGCUGCCUGUUGCCGCCCGUUGCUGCCCGUGCCUGUGCCGCCUGUUGCCGCCCGUUGCUGCCCGUACCUGCGCUGCCCGUUGCCGCCCGUUGCUGCCCGUGCCUGUGCUGCCUGUUGCCGCCCGUUGCUGCCCGUGCCUGUGCUACCUGUUGCCGCCCGUUGCUGCCCGUGCCUGUGCUGCCCGUUGCCGCCCGUUGCUGCCCGCGCCCUUGUGCGCUCUGCUCUGCCUGCGCCCUCGUGCGCUCUGCUGCUGCCCGCGCCCUCGUGCGCCGUGCUGCUGCCCGCGCCCUUGUGCGCUCUGCUCUGCCUGCGCCCUCGUGCGCUCUGCUGCUGCCCGCGCCCUCGUGCGCCCUGCUGCUACCCGCGCCCUUGUGCGCUCUACUCUGCCUGCGCCCUCGUGCGCUCUGCUGCUGCCCGCGCCCUCGUGCGCCCUGCUGCUGCCCGCGCCCUUGUGCGAUCUGCUCUGCCUGCCGCUGAGGGGGGGUGGGUGUGA